AUGUCCGUGGAGCUUGAGGAGGCCCUGCCGCGGACGAGCGCCGACGGGACGGCCCGCAAGACGGCCAAGGCGAGCGGCCCGGCGGCGCCCGCGCAGCCCAAGAGAAGGAAGAACCGCAAGAAGAACCAGCCGGGCAAGUACAGCCAGCUGGUGGUGGAGACCAUCCGCAGGCUGGGCGAGCGCGGCGGCUCGUCCCUGGCGCGCAUCUACGCCGAGGCCAGGAAGGUGGCGUGGUUCGACCAGCAGAACGGGCGCACCUACCUCAAAUACUCGAUCCGGGCACUGGUGCAGAACGACACGCUGCUGCAGGUGAAAGGCACCGGCGCCAACGGCUCCUUCAAGCUGAACCGCAAGAAGCUGGAAGGCGGCCCCGAGCGGCGCGGAGCCUCGGCGGCCAGCAGCCCCGCGCCCAAGGCUCGCCCGGCGGCUGCAGACAGGACGCCGGCCAGGCCGCAGCCCGAGCGGCGCGCGCACAAGGGCAUGAAGGCGGCGGCGGCUGCCGGCGCGAAGAAGGUGAAGAAGGCGGCCAAACCCAGCGUGCCCAAGGUGCCCAAGGGCCGCAAGUGACGCCCCCACGGUCUGGCGACGUUGUCAAGUUUUUCAGUCUCUACCCCGCGGUGUACCGGUUCCGUACGGUUCGGCCUGGCCCAGGUCCCCCACUCCCUGUCCCUUUCCCGCCCCUCCCCCAGCGAUGCUGCGUUCUGUUUGCUUUAGGUUUUUGAAACGGCCCUGGCGACGCCUCCAUUGGCUCUCACCCUUGGCAACGGCCGUCGUCAUGGUUACCGGCCCGGCGGCGCCAAUGGCCUGGCGGCGCCUGCCUGCCUUGCCCGCCGCUGGCCGCCCCGCGCUCCGGUUGCGCGGCGCCUUGCUCCGCCCGCCGCCCUCCUGGGGCGCAAUAAACGGUUCCAACCUUGA